UAUACAAAAUCUUUUUUAGGUAUUUGUUCCAGUUUCCUUCUUCAUAAUUGCGUUUUCAAUGACAUUCUUCGUUCUCCUUCACGGACAAGAAAAUGUACACAGGAAUUGCACAACUCACGUACCAGACGAAAACGAAGGUUUUGGGAACAUUGGCCUUUCAUUUGUCACUUCAUUUGCGAUGAUGGUUGGCGAGGUGGAUUAUCGUGACAUAUUUCUGCAACAAACUGGCAAAAACUUUGUCCUGAUUCAAUUAUUUCUAGUUUUGUUUUUAGUUAGCAUGAGUAUCUUGUUAAUGAACCUGCUUACAGGUCUCGCUGUCGGAGAUAUUCAUGUGAUCAUGAAGAGAUCGCUCGCUGAGAAACGAAGACAACGGGUAAGAGAAUCUGAUAUCUUUCAAAGUUUUCGAUGUUAAAUCCAUGGCUGAAGAGCUAUAUAUAACUUCUGAGCUAUAUAUAACAAAAUCGCAUUUGAUCAUAUACAAAAGGAUAUUUGCGCAAUAUAAAUAAUAAAUAAAUAAAACCUAUUUGCUCUCCUAGUAAUGUUAGAAUUUUUUCUAUACUUCUGAGCUAUAUAUAACAAACCUAUUUGCUCUCCUAAUAAUGUUAGAAUUUUUUCUACUUCUGAGCUAUAUAUAACAAACUGCUCUCCAAUAUUAUGUUAUAGGCAAUGUUGAUAGUGGAUCUGGAUAAACACCUCAAUAACUAUCCUGGUAUGAAAGCAAAAUAUUUGAAACCGUUAAAGGUAGGAUACAGUCCGUAUGUAAACAAAGCCUUUCGGUAUUCAAAAUAUUUAACCUUAUUCGACAACUAUUUAUAUUUCCAUGCUUCUACAGUAUAAUAAAUGAUCAAGAUACAACAAUCAGGCUUUGCAAGAACAUAAAAUGAAAUAAAAACCUAAUUAAAGUGUUUAUAUCACGGCAGAAGACUCCUAUGUGCGCAUGCGCAGACCGUACCCUAUCUUUAAUAAUAUUAACGCGUUCACAGGAGAGGAAAGAUCCAGCCGAGAGCUACGUUAAUAAGAUAUUUCCACCUUUGGAUAUCGAGGAAGAGACGUCCCAAGAAUGCGAGAUAACCGGAAUGAAAGAAGAGUUAAAUUCAAUAAAAAACACUUUAGAAGAAAUUAAACGGUCACUUUCGGAGAAAAUACGGCCAAGACGAAAUACGUUUGUGUAAGAACACCAUAUUCAAAGGAAAUGAUGUUGUAGCCGUUUCACAGUCCGAGAAGACACACUGACUGUCUCAGAGAUUUGCGAUAAACAACAGUGUCUUAUCUUUUUUUUACUUGUACAAAAUUACACUUCCAUACAUGCUUGUUGCUUGCAGAAUCUGGCAAAAAUAUUGCAUUAAAAAUAUUGUAUUCUCGUAGCUCAUGAAGAUGCAGUAUUCUAAAAAAAUGCUUCCCAACUCAAGUAGCAAAUAUAUUUAUUUGUAUAUUUAUUUUAUGUAUUCUAAUGGUGCUAAUAAAGUUUAUUGUUGUAUCAAAUAGACCAAAUACAUUUAUACGAUAUAAUUUUAAUAUUGCCAGCGACUAGUAAUUAUACUAUUUACAUGUUGAAUUUUCUUAUUUUCAUUCACAAUGUUUUAAUACGUGGCUUCUGAAAACGUUUUUAAUCUGAUGUAUGCGGUUGAAUUUACAAAAUCCUCCAUGCUACUUAACAGCUAAACAGUACCACGUUGCAUCAAUUUAUCGGUGUAGAGUUCUUCACUCAAUUUUCUGCCCGACUAACGACGCAGAUUGUGAUUUCUCUUGACGUUUUCUCUCUUCCUUAAAUAACAAUUUGUUCGUCUUCUUUUCAACACGCCGCGUCUGUUUAAAACAAGGUAAAGUCACGUUAAACCCAGUGAGCUGCACUGAGCUCCAUAUACACCUGGAACGAGAACGCGAGUGCAGAAAGUGAAGCCAGUUUUGUGUUAACCGCGCAGACAAAACCAAUAGAAAGGGACUUGAACUGAUGUCCAAUAGCUCCUUCAAUUUCCGCCAUCCUGGCAAGGAGUGUGGC